GUCCUUCGCGCUCACAGGCGCCUUUGUCUUCCCGCUUCCCCCUUCCUUUUUCAAAAGCCAAGAGUUAAUUACUUGGUCCCUGUGCAAGGCAAACCUCUCCAGAUGCCACUUCCAAAUAUAGGCUCUCAUUAACAACAGAGGCUGGCCUGGUAUGGUGCAGGGCGGCCCUUCCUUCCCCUGGCGGACACUGUGUCCCCGCGCGCUGACGCUGCCCCACAUCUGGAAGCCAGGCGGGCAGUGCAGAGACCCCGGCUCCUGCGCCCCUCUUAGCUCCCAGACAGCGUGGAUCGCGGGCGGGGUUCACCGAGGGAGCUGUCCCAGAGGGAGGAGCUGAAAUCUGAACCUCUCAGCUGUGAUUGGAUCUUUCUUGCAAAAGAGAGGAAAAAAAAACCCUCCCAACCAAAACGGGCUCAGUUCGUAAAGGAGCCGGGCGACUUCAGAGGCGCCGGCCCGUCCGCCUGCCGCACCUGAGCGCCGCCCCUGCCAGAGCCCGGCCCGCCGCGAUGCUGUAGGGACCGCCGUGUCCUCCCGCCGGACCGUUAUCCGCGCCGGGCGCCCGCCAGACCCGCUGGCAAGAUGCCGCGCUCCUUCCUGGUCAAGAAGCAUUUCAACGCCUCCAAAAAGCCAAACUACAGCGAACUGGACACACACACAGUGAUUAUUUCCCCGUAUCUCUAUGAGAGUUACUCCAUGCCUGUCAUACCACAACCAGAGAUCCUCAGCUCAGGAGCAUACAGCCCCAUCACUGUGUGGACUACGGCAGCUCCAUUCCACGCCCAGCUACCCAAUGGCCUCUCUCCUCUUUCCGGAUACUCCUCAUCUUUGGGGCGAGUGAGUCCCCCUCCUCCAUCUGACACCUCCUCCAAGGACCACAGUGGCUCAGAAAGCCCCAUUAGUGAUGAAGAGGAAAGGCUACAGUCCAAGCUUUCAGACCCCCAUGCCAUUGAAGCUGAAAAGUUUCAGUGCAAUUUAUGCAAUAAGACCUAUUCAACUUUUUCUGGGCUGGCCAAACAUAAGCAGCUGCAUUGCGAUGCCCAGUCUAGAAAAUCUUUCAGCUGUAAAUACUGUGACAAGGAAUAUGUGAGCCUGGGCGCCCUGAAGAUGCAUAUUCGGACCCACACAUUACCUUGUGUUUGCAAGAUCUGCGGCAAGGCGUUUUCCAGACCCUGGUUGCUUCAAGGACACAUUAGAACUCACACGGGCGAGAAGCCUUUUUCUUGCCCUCACUGCAACAGAGCAUUUGCAGACAGGUCAAACCUGAGGGCUCAUCUGCAGACCCAUUCUGAUGUAAAGAAAUACCAGUGCAAAAACUGCUCCAAAACCUUCUCCAGAAUGUCUCUCCUGCACAAACAUGAGGAAUCUGGCUGCUGUGUAGCACACUGAGUGACGCAAUCAAUGUUUACUCGAACAGAAUGCAUUUCUUCACUCCGAAGCCAAAUGACAAAUAAAGUCCAAAGGCAUUUUCUCCUGUGCUGACCGACCAAAUAAUAUGUAUAGACACACACACAUACGCACACACGCACACACACACACACAGAGCUGCAAGAGCAUGGAAUUCAUGUGUUUCAAGAUAAUCCUUUCCAUGUGAAGUUUAAAAUUACUAUAUAUUUGCUGAUGGCUACAUUGAGAGAAUAAAAGACAGUAACCUUUCUCUUCAAAGAUAAAAUGAAAAGCACAUUGCAUCUUUUCUUCCUAAAAAGAAUGCGAAGAUUUACAUUGCUGCCAAAUCAUUUCAACUGAAAAGAACAGUAUUGCUUUGUAAUAGAGUCUGUAAUAGGAUUUCCCAUAGGAAGAGAUCUGCCAGACGAGAACUCAGGUGCCUUAAAAAGUAUUCCAAGUUUACUCCAUUACGUGUUGGAUGUCUGGUUGCCAUUGUUGAACUAAAGCCUUUUUUUGAUUACCUAUAGUGCUUUAAAGUGUAUUUUUAAAAGGGAGGAAGAAAAUAACAAGAACAAAACACAGGAGAAUGUAUUAAAAGUAUUUUUGUUUUGUUUUGUUUUGUUUUUGCCAAUUAACAGUAUGUGCCUUGGGGGAGGAGGGAAAGAUUAGCUUUGAACAUUCCUGGCGCAUGCUCCAUGUCUUACUAUUUUAAAACAUUUUAAUGAUUUUUGAAAAUUAAUUAAAGAUGGGAAUAAGUGCAAAAGAGGAUUCUUACAAAUUCAUUAAUGUACUUUAAACUAUUUCAAAUGCAUACCACAAAUGCAAUAACACAAUAGCCCUUCCAAGUGCCUUUUUAAAUUGUAUAGUUGAUGAGUCAAUGUAAAUUUGUGUUUAUUUUUAUAUGUUGAAUGAGUUCUGUAUGAAACUGAGAUGUUAUCUAUAGCUAUGUCUAUAAACAACCUGAAGACUUGUGAAAUCAAUGUUUCUUUUUUAAAAAAACAAUUUUCAAGGUUUUUUUUACAAUAAACAGUUUUGAUUUAAAAU